GCGUGGGGGGCCAAGAUGGCGGUGGGGAGCGGCCCCGCGGCCCGGGAGCUCUUCGCUGAAGGGCUGCUGCAAUUCCUGCGCCCCGCCGUGAGACAGCUCGACCGUCACGUCCACAGCGUCAGGGAGAGCCAGGUGGAGCUGCGGGAGCACAUCGACAGCCUGGCCACAGAGCUUUGCCGCAUCAAUGAGGACCAGAAGGUGGCCCUUGACCUCGACCCCUACGUGAAGAAGCUGCUCAACGCCCGGCGCCGGGUGGUGCUGGUCAACAACAUCCUGCAGAACGCCCAGGAGCGGCUACGGAGGCUGAACCACAGCGUGGCCAAGGAGACCGUGCGGAGGAGGGCGAUGCUGGAGGCUGGGGGCUACCAGGGCAAGUGAGAGCCAGGGGAGCAGGUAUCCCCGGGAUCACAGCCUUGGGAAUUCGGGGGGUGUCCCUCCUCACCUGCCACAUGGGGAGCAGGGACCCCCCCCGAGUCGUGUGCCCGGAUUUGGGGGUGCUGGAAUAAAAGUGACGCUGGACUCCGU